AUGACUGCUCCAGAAUCAUGGCUGCUCAACCUAUCUCCGGGCAGCGCCAUCUCCUCUAACAGUUCUGGGAACUCUUCAAGACGAGGAAGGACAAAGAAUUACAGAGUUGUCAGCAACACUUCACAGGUUGAUGAGUCGUUAUUUGGAAUACCAAAUCAUGUACAGCAGCGAGAAGACAUGCUGCGAGAGAAGCGUGCUGGGGCAGAAAUGAGCAUCCAGAGACAGGGAAGAAGGAGUGCCAACAGGAAGCUACGAAACAGAAAUGCCAAGAAUAACAAAGAAACAGUAGAAGUCAUAACCAAAGACCUUAUCAGAAAAUUGAUAGUACCAGCUGAGGAUCCAUCUGGCCAGUCUGUCAUUUUGAGCCGAGCCGAGUUUGAGCGGAUUAGAUACGGAGCUCAGAUCUUGAGUAAAGCUCAACGGGAGAUGAUUCAGGAACAAAUAAAACAGGAAAAGGAGAAAAAUAUGGUGAGAUGACUGCACAGAGAGAAAGAUUUCAUUAAGACUAUGGAUGUGGCUCGACAGAAGAAUGAGAAACUGAACGAUUUGGAGGAGGAAGCCAAGGAGAAAGCUCAGCAUCUGCUUUCUAAGGCUAACGAGAUGAGGCAGGAAGAAGAGGAUGAGAUCAAACACCUGAACGAGCUCAUCCUGAACGCCAAAUGCCAUGCAAUCCGUGAUGCUCAGCUUCUGGAGAAGAGACAGAUUAAAAGUGAGAUGGAGGUGGAGGACAAAAGACUGGAUGUGAUGAUGGAGGUAGACCGUCAAACUGGCAUCAAAGUGCAGGAGGAGAUCGAAAAGAAACGCAAAGAGGAGCGGCUCUUGGGGGCAGCCAAGCUGCUGGAACAGAUCCAAGAGAAUGAACAGGAGCGACUGUUUGAGUUAGAGAGGAAGGACCAGGAAAAUAUACAGAUGCAGAAGUAUGUGGAGAAAAUGAUGGUCGAGGAUCAGGAGACAUUGGAAAAGAAACACAAGCAACAGACAAAUCUGAGGGAGGAGCUCAAUCAAGCAAAUACAGAAAUGCUUAAACGUAAAGAGCUCAAAGCUAAGCAAGAGAAAAUGGAGGAGCUUAAGGUCGUGGAGUAUAUGAAACAGAAGGCCGAACGUGAAACUGCUUUUGAGAAAGAACAGGAGAAAAUUCGCAUUGAGAAAGAGAGAGAGGUGGCUAGGCUGAGGGCAUUACAGGAGCGGGCACGAGACGAACAGGCUGAACGUGAUAUGCUGCGAGCGAAGCGGGCACAGGAGCAGGCCGAGAGAGACUGGCGUAAAAAGGAGGCAAUCGAGGCUGCCAAAAAAGCUGAGACGGAAGCCAUGUUGAAACACGCCAGAGCCAAUCAAAUGGCUCAAAAAGAGCACUUCCUGGCAGUCCAGGCAAACAGAGAGAGAGUGGAAUUUGAACGUGUUCUCAAAGCACAAAAAGAGCUUAUUGAGAAGGAGAAACGUGAGGAGGAUCAGCACGUGAAGAAGAGGCUGAUGCAUGCUGAAGAGGUGAGGAGACAGAUCAGACAGAAGGAGCAGGAGAGGAUCGCUGAGAGGAAUGCCUUCUUUGAGGAGGGUGUCAAGCUGGACGAGGAGGCUAGGCUGAGGAGGCAGAAACUGGAUGAAGUCAAACUGAAGAAACUCAACACACUCAGAAAUGUCGGCAUUCCAGAGAAGUAUUUAUCACAAGUGGAGAGGAAGAUCAACCAACAUCCACAACUAGCCUCAUAAUAACUCUCAUCGUUAAGUUCUUACCUUUGUGUGCAUCUGUCUCCUUACCAAAAACUUUCCCUCUCUUGAGCUGUGGCUGCUGCCAUAGUCAGGAUAAUUACCACAGUAUUGACUUUAUGAAUAAGCUUGAAAAUCUUGACACCAAAGUGAUAUCAUAUACAUGUAUUCGUUAGAUUGGUGAGAGCCUAUGGAAGUAUUGCUUAAUUAUAUGGUGUAUCAUGACUUACAAUAUAAUUAUUAUAUACAGUGUACCAUAUUCAUAGCACCAAAUUAAUGAAGAAGUUAACGACAUUGAACAUAAAUGAAUUGGUCUGAAAUUUAAUGGGAGGGUAGAUUGUUUUUAAAUGUUAAAAUUGAGUGUUUCGGGGUGGAGCAGGAGAAAGAUGAUCAAAUAAGUAUUAUGUUUGGGUUUGAACAACAAAUUUGUACAUGUAAUGUGUGUAUAUAUAUACC